AUGUCUGUCCGCCGGUUGUCCAACCCGACUGCCCGCGUGUCGGCCGGCCUCUGGUACAAAGGCGCCGCUGCCACCUUGUCUCCCAGUCUCCUUCCGCCUCCGCCUGCGCGUGCACGUGCGCGUGCGCGUGCGCGCCUUUGCACGCUUGAUGCGCCUGCGCAAGUGGAAUCGCGCGCACGCGUGUGUGCGAUCGCACUUGCGCACGUGGGAUCGUGCACGCGCACCUGCGUGCGCGCGUGCGUGCGUGCGUGCCCGGGCCGUUUUUCGCCCUCCUCUGCCCGCGCCCGCUUCACCGUCUCCCCCCGCAUGCUCUACGGCGGCCCCCUCGGCACCUACCUCUCCGGUCUCUACUCCUCCUCGGCCAAACCGGCCGUCGCUUCGGUCGGCCUCGCCGGCCCCGGGCCCGGCUCUGGCGCCGCGAUCGGAGCCGGUCUGUCUCGGAGACGCGCCGGCUCGCGCUACCGCAGCGCCACCUCGUCCUUCACGACCGCCGGCUCCGGCUCCGGCGUCGGCGUCGGCGUCGGGGCCGCGGUCCGCGACGCCGCCGGCGACAGGCUCCCCCUGACCGGCAUCUCCUCCACCUCCUCCUACUUCACUCCGCAGCCUCGGCGCAAGUACGAGGUGAGCCGCACACGCACACACACACACACAUGCAUGCAUCCACGCGCGCAAAAUGCAGUCUCGAGUCGGGCCCAGGCCGGUGGCCAGGCGGCCAAUCAAAACGGCCAAGUGAGUCGUCCAUCUGUGAUUGGCCGACUCGUGGGCCGCUUGCAUUGGCGUCAGCGGGUCUUCAAAAUUCGAAUUUAG